AUGAUAUAUAUUACCGAGGGUGCAGCCCUGAUUCUUCUCCAGUAUGUUUUCUCUUCAUCUGCAAUUUUGAUACUUUCCACAAGUUCAUCUUGCUUGAAGAACUCAUCAUUCUUUAGAAAGUCUUAAACUUUCUCAGCAGUGGGACCAGGCAAAGUUUCCCAAGUGUUAAUAGGGUACAGUGGAGUUUAGACAAUGUCUCGCAAAUUACAAAGUGAAACUCAAAUCAAAUCUGAUACUCAAGCUGUACUACCGAUUUUGCAUAAGAAAUAGCCAUCAAUAGAUUGCCUUAAUCAGUAUAAGGACGCGCAAUUAAAUCUAAUCAGAUCUCAGAGUUUAAAUAAUCAUAAACAGAAAAAUGAAGACUAUUCACCUAUAGCACUAUAUAAAUCUAAGCAUGGGGACAAUGAAUAGGGUGGAAGACUGAAAACCAGAAGUUUUGAAAUGUGGAAAGUGGAUGAUCACAUUAGACGCAAGCACACGAUAUCUGAAUAGCUGCAUGAACUCAAAGAAUCUCCUGCCUUGAAGGGUUGCAAUUACCAAAGUGUACUCACUUUGGUAGGUGUGAUAAUAUUCUUCGUUUUCUUGUCAUUUAUGUUCAUUAAAUACUUCGACGUGAUAGUUGAUAAACUAGAGCCAUUUUUCAUAUGGUUUGAGAAGAAUUUCGUCCAGGGAAUGUUUAUUUAUAUAGGUUUGUUCAUGAUGUUCGUUUUCCUGGCUAUUCCCACUUCUUUUCUCAUUUUAGCAGGGUCACUUACUUUCGGCAGAUCAUUAGGCCCAACUAAUGGAUUUUUCUUGACAUUCUUUCUUGUGGUUCUUUCGACUACUCUUGGUGGAAUUAUGGGAUUCAUAUUUGGAAGAAUAUUUCUCAGAGCGUUUAUUAGGCGAAAUCUGACUAGAAAAAUAAAGCUAUUCAGAGCUAUUGAUUUGGGACUUAAACAUAAUGGUUUAAAAAUGGUCAUCUUAAUGAGAGUAACCCCAAUUGUACCGAAUAAUUGCUUCCAUUACGUCUUAUCAGUCACAUCUCUCAGAAUAAAGGACUACAUUCUUGGUAAUGCCAUUGGCAUGAGUCCUUUUUGCGCUCUCUAUAUUUACAUUGGAGUGCAGUUAAAUAAUAUGUAAGAUAUCAAGGAAGGCAACAUAGGAUUAGGUCCUUGGUAGCCAGUUAUAAUUACUCUAGGAGUGGUUAUGAUAGUGAUUUUGACAAAUCUGAUGGUUACUUACACCUAGGGAGAAUUACAAAAAUUAAUGGAUUAAGAUUAAGAAAAUUCAGAGAUGUCCAGACUAAACAGUCAUAGGCCCUCGUAAAUUCCACUAAUCAAUAGAGAAUCUCAACCUCAAAGAUACACUGAAACACAUUGGUGA